UGGGGGAUCAGCCUGAGCCUUGGCCUCCGCCCGCGGGUUUUCCGCGGUUGCGGCUGGUGGGGCAGGCGGAGCCAGGGCGGAGCCAGUGACUAUUUCAGGCCGUGCCGGGCCAGGGUCAGGACAGAGGCGUCCUGUCCCGACACAGCCCUGAGCCAGGGUGAUGCUGAAGAUGAUGACCUUCUUUCAAGGGCUUCCUGGCCAGCAGUCUUUGCUGGGGACCCUGGACCCUGGACUGUCUGAGGCAGAAUCAGAGGCUUCCAUGUCAGAAGCCUCCUCUGAGGACCUGAUACCACCCCUGGAGGCUGGGGUGACUCCAGAUGGGGAGCAGGAAGGGACUUCAAAGAAGAAGAAGUCAAAAGGACUGGCCAACAUGUUAAGCGUCUUCAUCAAAGGAAAGAAGAAAAAGGAUCAGCCCAGAUCAUCAGAAACUGAGGUCAAGUCCAAGGCCCGGCCAGAGCUGGAAGGACCACCACCCACAGUGGAGGAGCUGAAGGCGGCCCUGGAGCGCGGGCGUCUGGAGGCGGCGCGGCCAGUGCUGGCGCUGGAGCGGGAGCUGGAGGCGGCGGCGGCGGCGGGUGGCACCAGCGACGAGGAGCUGGUGAGGCUGCAGAGCAAGGUGGAGGCGCUGUACGUGCUGCUGCGGGACCAGGUGCUCGGCGUGCUGCGCCGGCCGCUGGACGCGGCUCCCGAGAGGCUGCGCCAGGCGCUGGCCGUGGUGGCCGAGCAGGAGCUGGAGGACCGUCGCGCGGCGGCCGGGACCAGGGCGGCUGCGCUGGUGGACACGCUGUGGCGCGGCGGCGUGGAGGAGGUGGCGGCGGAGCGCCUGGGCGCGCGGCCCGCGGGGGUCCCCGCCGGGCUCUCGGAGGCCGAGAGCAGGUUCCUGCACAUGGGCCGCACCAUGAAGGCGGACCUGGAGGCAGUGGUGGAGCGUCUGAAGCCACUGUUCCCCGCGGAGUUCAACGUGGUGCACACCUACGCGCAGAGCUACCACCAACUCUUCGCGGCCCACCUGGACACCUUGGCGCAGUUCGAGCUGUGUGAGAGGGACACCUACUUGCUACUGCUCUGGGUUCAGAACCUCUACCCCAAUGAUAUUCUGAACAGCCCUAAGCUGGCCCAGGAGCUGCAGGGUAUCAGGCUUGGGAGCCUCCUGCCCCCUAAGCAGAUUAAGUUGCUGGAGGCCACGUUCCUGUCCAACGAGGUGGCCAAUGUGAAGUUACUGAUGAACCGAGCCUUGGAACUGGAGUCUCAACGCUGGGCCCAGGAUGUGGCCCCCCAGAGGCUGAAUGGCUACUGCCACUGUGAGCUGGCCAUUGACAUCAUUCAGAUCAUCUCCCAAGGCCAGACCAAAGCUGAGAACAUCACCUCUGACAUGGGGAUGCAGAUAAAGCAGUUGCUGCUGGUGGAGCUGGCUUCGAUGCUGAGGAGCUACCAGCACAUCUUUGAUGAAUUUCUGGAGAAAAGCAAACUGCUGAAAAAUUAUAGGGCCAACAUCAUCGCCAACAUCAACAACUGUCUGUCCUUUCGGACAUCCAUGGAGCAACAGUGGCAGAUACCGCAGGAUUCCCCGAGCCACCUGAUGGACCCCCUGAAAGAGCUCAAGGCUCACGGUUUUGACACCCUGCUCCAGAGUCUGUUUUUGGACCUGAAGCUGCUAUUCAAGAAGUUCACGCAGACCCGCUGGGCAGCACCGGUGGAGACCCUGGAGGAAAUCAUUGCCACCGUGGGCAGCAGGCUGCCUGAGUUCUCAGAACUGCAGAACUGUUUCCGGGAGGAACUCAUGGAGGCUGUGCAUCUGCACCUGGUGAAGGAGUACAUCAUCCGUCUCUGCAAGCGGCGCCUGGUCCUCAAGACUGCUGAACAGCAGCAGCAGCUGGCGAAACACAUCGAGGCUAAUGCUGAGGCCAUUCAGAGUUUCUGCACACAGAAUGGCUCCACUGCAACCUGGCUGCACCCUGCCCUCCCUACACUUGCUGAGAUAAUUCGCCUACAAGACCCCAGUGCCAUUAAGAUUGAGGUGGCCACAUAUGCCACCUGGUACCCUGACUUCAGCAAAGGCCACGUGAAUGCCAUCCUGGCCAUCAAGGGGAACCUAUCAAACAGUGAUGUCAAGAGCAUCCGAAAUAUCCUGGACAUCAACACGGGGGUUCAGGAAGCCUCCAGGUCCCUAUUUUCACUUAUAAAGGUUGUUUAGCUUUUGUCACAGUCUAACCUGCUUGUGAGCACCCAGCGAUCACCACCCCAGUUGGGGACAAACGCCCCAGCCGAGGGCAGCCACUGCAACUAGGAACCGUGCAAUGGUGCUGGCUCCAGGGCCCAUCAUGAGCUGCCCACAUUCGGCUGCUGCUUCUGCUCAGCCCUGACUAGAACAGGACCCGGCAUCCAGAAUUGGACAGACCGCUGUCCAGUGGGGCAGGAGGACCUAUGGGCAGCUGACACAUGGGCAUGUAAGAAACUUCUUGGAAAUGAUGGGUGAUCUUGAGUGUCCCGAAGGAGGGCUCCAGGAAUCCUGGGCCACUCCCGGGCCCCUCUACAGUCUGCCUCCUAAUGGUCCUCUUUUAAAAGGUUUUUCUGAGUGAUCCCUUCUAGAUCCCUGGAGCCAGUGGCAAAGCUUCAUUGGCCUUGGUCCUGCUUCCUUCAGCCCCAAGCUGCUGUGAGAUAAACCUGAAGACAGAGAAAGAAGGAAAAAAUGAUCUCUUGUCCACGGCCUGGAAAGGGACUUGUGGGUUCCAUGGUGAGCCAGGCAGAGUCAGCAUCAGAACCACUUGCAUGUGACCUGUGACCUCACAGGCAGCCCCUUGGUGCUCAGCUAGGACCCUCCUCUGUACUCCCCUAGGGCUUCCCUGUGUGUGUGCAGGGGUGGGGUGGGUUGGGGUGGGGGUGUGAGAGGAGCUUUAGCUGAGCCCAGGGCCUCCUGGGAACUCUCAGGUUGAAUCUUCCCCAACACAGGGACAAGCUAAAGGGCUUUCUCUGCGGGCCCUGCCCUCCAAAAUCUGAGUGGAAACAUGGGGCAAGCCCUGUAUUAUUUUCCUGUUGGUACUGUACCAAGUUUCCACAUAUUUAGUGGCUUAGAACCAGACUUUCCUUACAGUUCUGUGAAUCGGAAGUCGGAGACAGGGCUGAAAAUCGAGGUGUGGUCAGGGCCCCAUUGGUUCUGGAGGCCCCAGGGGAAGAAUCAUUUCCUGGCCUUUCCCAGUGUUCAGAAGUACCCAUUUUCCCUGUCUGAGGCCCUUCCACCUUCAGAGCCAGUGAUGGCCACUUAAGUCUGUCACACUACCUCCCUCUUCUGCUCUUAAGGCUCCAGUGACUACAUUGGACACACCUGGAGAACCCGAGCUCUCCCUAUCUGAGGCAGCUAUUAGCAGCCUUAAUUCCAUUUGCAGUUUUAAUUCCCAUUUGUUAUGACACCCAGAAUCAUUGGCCUUGGGCCUCUGUGGGCGGACACCUUUGGGGACCAGUAUUCUGCCCGUUCUGGCCACCAUCCAUCUUCUGCCCCAUGUUCUACAUCUGAGAAACAGGACCUCAGUGUCCCAGCAAGGGCCUGCUACUCCAUAGACCCUGACUCUGCCUAGCCAGGAAAGCCCUUAUCAGCACUGACCCAGCCUCAGUGCCUUGGGGUGAGAGGCUAGGUUUGAAGCCCCUCUUCUGGAUAUACCCCCGUUCCAGGUACUGCCUUACAAAACUGGUCAGAAGCUGGCCAGGGUGAACAAUGCACAAAGGCCUUUGUAUUUCUAUAGCUUGUUUGAUGAUAUUAAUAUUGUUAAUAUUAUUUUUAUAGUGUUGCUUUUGUAUGUGUGUAUUCUGGACAGAAUCCAGGGUUUUUUAAAGAGCUUGAUAUAAAACCGAUUUCCAAAGUG